ACUCUUACAUUUUAGAUGAACGCAUGCACUUUACGCACAUGUGUUAAAUUAUUAGGUUAUGUUAUUAUAAUUUAACGGUUGUUAUAUGUAAUUUAAAAUGCAGUUAAAAGACAAUAUGGACAUUAAAAGUUUGGAACAGUGCUUAAAAAUUGAAAACAAGUUCAUAACAGACUUAUUGAAAAAAUCUUGUAUUCCAGAAAGAAAAGAUUUUGGAAUAAGUGACGAUGAAGAUUUGGAUAGAAAUUCAAAAUUGCCUUUCAAUUCAGCUCAAAAUAAAACAUCGAGAGCUAAGUCACUGAUUGAACUUCAACAAAGAUUAGAUGCUAUAAGGGGUAAGAAGAAACAAACAUAUAAGGAGAAAUUAACAAAAAAAGGUUUAAAGAAUCGUUUAAAGAAGAAAUCCCAGCAGGAUCAAAGGAAUGCUGAGAAGAAAUUACAAAGAGCUGCUAAACAAGCAUUAAAAGUAGAAGUAAAAAGUGAAGAAGGUGAUACAGAAGAAAAAAAAACCACGUUAGAACAUAACCCAAAGAAACCAAUUUUUAAUAAAGAGGAUAAAAUUGUAUUUUCAAAAUUCGAUUUUGAUAAUCUUGGUAAGCAUAAAAAACCCAAACAAGAAAAAGAUCCUAAAAAGUUGCUUAAGAAAUUAGAAAACGAAAAUGAAACUAUACAGAAAUUGAAAGAAAGUGGUGAUGCUGAAAAGGCAAUAGAAAUUAAGGAGAAAUCGCAAUGGAAAAAUGCUUUAGCAAAAGCUGAAGGUCAGAAAGUCAAAGAUGAUCCACAUUUAUUAAUGAAAAGUGUCAAAAAACAAGAACAAAAACAAAGAUCCAGUGAAAAGAAAUGGGAAAAAAGAAUAGAAAAAGUAGAAAAAGCUAAGAAAGAAAGACAAAUGAAGAGAACAGAAAAUAUUCAAAAGAGGAAAAAGGAAAAGAAGAACAAAAAACUUCAAAAGGCUGUAAAAAAAGGAAAAGUUAUUGCUGGUUUCUAAAAUGUCUCACCAAUGUUGAUUUUUUUCAAUUCUAAUUAUUAGUAUUUUGCAUAUGAAUUUUUUUAUAUGUUGAUAUAAAUAAUUUGUUAUAUUUA